AAUGAAUGACACUUUAGUUAGGGAAAAGAAAACAGGAUUGAAGGAAAGAAGAUUUGGAACGGUUGAUGGCGAAGGAAGAAAACUAGAUAAAUUUCUUAAGAAAGGAGAAAAUGCAAUAGGAAAGACGUCAUCAUUCAUUUUGGGAAAAAAUGAUGUUAAUAUAUUCUUGUUUGUAGUACUAUCCACAGCAAAAGGUAUUAUCUUGAGCAGUGACUUGGCAAAUGAAGGUUGUACGAACAUGUAUGAAUUUGCUGGAAAGCCAAAAUCAUAA